AUGCAACCACCAAGGCCCCACACUACCGCCACUAAGCAUCAAGAACCUGAAUUUGGGCUGAAGCGAGGUCAGAAGCAAUCUAUCGUGGUCUUUGGACUCUUCUAUAUUACCCGAGGGCUCGAUCGGCACGCUACGUCCGCAGAAGAAGAGACACUACGGCACAAGAUGGACGAGAGCGAGGAUCACUACGACUUGGGGGACCUCAUGGCGAUACCCGACGACUACUACCCGCCUCCGGUUCCGCCUACGCAGGAGCUGUACAGGAUGAAGAACGGCAAGGACAUUACGCUGCACCUGGUCGGCGCGAGCCAUACCGAGGCGCACCUGCUGUGGAACGGAGCCAAGCUCGUCUCGGACUACCUGGAGGCGCAGCCGGAGCGCGUCCGCGGGCGGACGGUGCUGGAGCUCGGGGCGGCGGCGGGGCUCCCGUCGCUGGUGGCGGCGCUGCUGGGCGCGACCAAGGUGGUCAUGACGGAUUUUUCGGACCCCGCGCUCAUCGCCAACAUGCAGAAGAACAUUGAUGCGUGCGACGAGACGACGGCGCCGCGGGGCCGCAUCGCGGCCGCGGUGGACGCGGCGCCCUUUAUCUGGGGCGAGGACGUGGAGCCGCUGCUGGCGCUGCUGCCCGGCGCGCCGGAGGAGCAGCGGCUCUUCGACGUGCUGAUCCUGGCGGACCUGGUGUUCCGGCACAAGCAGCACGGCAACAUGGUCAAGACGAUCAAGGAGACGAUGGCCAAGGACGGCGUCGCGUACGUCUUCUUCACGUCGUACCGCCCGUGGAAGCGCGACCUGGACAUGGCGUUUUUUGACGUGGCGAGGGAGGCUGGCCUCGCGGUGACGCGCGUCGAGGAGACGAUGCUCGAGAAACCCAUGUUUGACAACGACCCGGGCGAUGUGGACAUUCAGAAGACUGUGAAUGGGUUCGAGCUGCGGUGGGCGUGA